AUGAACCAAGUAGGCAAUAAACAAUUAGAUCUUUCAGUAGGUGUGUUAUCUAUAUAUAUUUAUUCGCUUUAUAUACGAUUAUAUAAUAAUUAUAAUUCCUAUUUUAUCUUUAGUUUAACACCACUUAAAUAAGCAGCACUAGGGAUUCAGACUGAAGAAACAACCUCAUUUCAAAGACAAAAAGGUAUAUAUAAUUACAACUGUUAUUAGGCUGAAUGUUGUGAGAUUUGCGGAAUCGGAUUUGAUAGACAAAUUUAAUAGCCUGAAAUUGGUAUAUUCUCAAAUUUACAUCUAGGUAUGAUGAUGAUAACAUGUUAUGGAUGUCUAUCAACCUGUCAUUACUAUUGUUAUGGAAUAUCAACAGAAGUUGAAAAAUUGUCAAAUUCCAAUAAUUAAGGGUAUUUUUAAUGUGACAAGUGCAAGUCAAAUAAACUCCAAGAUUGUCCAUGCCUUGUUUGUAAUUAAAAAUUAGGUCUCAAAAAAAAAUUGUUUAAUUCUAAUGAAUUUGUACAUCCAUUAUGUGCAUAGUUCUCUAAAUAAAUAGAAAUAAUCUCAUUUAUUGAAAUGAAAUUUAACAAACUAAAUAAUUAAAAUAUUCCAUAAAUUGAUAAAUUAAAUCCAGAAAAAUUAAAGUAAAACUCAUAGGCUUGUGUAUAUUGUAAAGGAUCUACUGGAACCAUAAAAUGCAACAAAUGUAAUGCAUAUGCUCACGUUUAUUGCAUUAUAUUAAAAGUCACAGACUCUGGAGGAUUUAAAUUAGAUUAUUCAGAAAGCAGCAAAGAGAAUUAAUGGUAAUUCUAUUUUAAUUAUAAACAAAUGCUUGCAAUUGAUAAUAUGAUUCAAACAAAUAGAGACAAAUAAUUACUAAAAAAUAAUGUCUAAAAUAUAUUUGAUUAAUAUACGAAAAUAGAAGGAAAUUCUAAGUAAAUCAAAUUAGAUGUAUUAUUUAAACAAUACUUUUAAACUGAUAGAAUUGAAGAAGAAAAAGAGUAAUUAAUGAUUAUCAUAUUAGAUCUAUCUUAUCAUGGGUUUGUUUCAAACACAAAUCUGCGAAAUCUUAUUGUUAUUGUAAACAAGAAGUUGAUUCAGAUGAUAUGGUGUAAUGUGAAACAUGUACUGAAUGGUUUCAUGAUCAAUGUGUAAGAAAAUACUAAAAAGAUUUUCAAGAACAAAAGAGUAAAGACAUAUAUUGUUGUCCAUUCUGUAUUAGAUGGGCAAAAAAUAAAUUAAAUCAUAUCUUAAGAUUUAAUCCAAUUUCUAAUUUAAAUCAAUUAUUUCCCCCUGUUUUGAAAUUGAAUUUCAUUUCACUCCUAAUCAUUGGAAUCUAUUGCGAAAGAACUCUAGAUAGUAUGAAAUCAAAAUGUAAAAAUAAGUUAAAUAUUUAGAUAAUGAAGUUGAAUACCAAAUACUUUAAUUUAUUCUUUCGAAUCUCCCAUUUCCAAAUUCUCUACAAACACAGCUUAGCCAAAUUGAGGAGAAAUCUAAAUUGGUUGAUUUGAUGAAUUUUAUUUUUUCUUAAAAGAUUCCUUAUAGAGAUGAAAACUAAUGGAUAGUCAGAUCUUAAUUAGAUGAAAAAAAUAACACUAUUCCUGAAAAUAUUCAACAUAAUAAUGCUUUAAAAAAUAAACUAUUACAAGUUAUAACUUUGUUUAAAGAUUUUGAAGAAUGCUAAUAUUAUCAGGAAUUAUUACAAAAAUUGAAUCAUUUACAAAAGGCCUUUGACAUCAUUAUAAUGAAAUCGAAAAUAACUAAGACUACAAUAUUAAUGGAAUAUAAAUCAAAUGCAUUUCAAGAAUUCAUUUAUUUACAAAAAUAAAUACCAACAUAUAAAAAAAUAAAAAGAGAGUUUAUAUCAACAUUAAAAAAAUCUCAAGAUAGAUUCUCAGAUUUUGAAACUAAAUUUAAUAGAAUUAUUGACUCUUCUGAAGAAGAAGAUGAUGAAGAUGAUGAUGAGUAUAAAAAAUUACAAAAAUAUUUUGAAUUAGAAAUCAAGCCAAUUCAAAAUUAUUAAGAAUUCUUCAAUCUCAUGUCCCAAUCCAGAAUUAAAUUAAAUUAAUUUAAAAUUAAUGUAGAGUAUGUUAAUAGGAUAUUAAAAUAAAUUGAAAACUUAUCCAUUUAAGUAUCUUGGAUUUCAUACAUAGAAUAAGAAGUAAAUUAAGGAUAACAUAUUAUUGGAUAAUUAGAAGAUACCAAAUUAAAUAAUUAAAAUAAUGGCAUUCAAAUUCUAAUCAACAAAAUGGAACAAACAUUCUGUUACUACAAAGAUUUUCCGAAACAUUAUGCUUUUCUAUCUUAAAUCAAAUUAUAUGAACUAUACAUUCAAGAUCUUGACUAUUAUUAAGAUAGAGAUGAUGAUGAUGACGACAGCGAAUUAUAAUAAAUAACAAAGGAAAUUUAGAUUAAAAUCUCCAUUCCACAUUUACAAAUGCUUAAAGACUUAUAAAAAGAAACUAAAGCUCCUUAGAAGGAGGUUCAACUUUUGAAUAGAGUCGAAUAAUAAAUGAAUGAAUAUAGAUAAAGAUUAAGAAAUAUAACACUUUAAAAAGGGCUAAAUGAAUAAUUAAGAAAAAAAUACCAAGCAGAACUUUAAAUGAAUAAAUUAUAUGAUGUACCAGAAAUUAAAGAACUUCAAUAAAAAUUAGAAAUAUUUUAAGAAGUUGAAAGAAUAAGACUAGCUAAAACACAAACAUUUUAAUAAUUAGAAAUGUGUUUAGAAAAAUCAAAACAAUAUCAUUUUGAUGAUAAAAUAAUUCAUUAAUUUGAAUGUGAAAUGAAUAAAUAUAACUAAAAGAAGAAAGAAAUUAAAAGAUUAUUAGAAAAUGAAAUUUAUGAAAGUGAAUAAUUAGAUUAAGCCAAGAUAUAUUUACAAGAAAUAUCCUAAAGUAAAAUCUUAUUUGAAGAGAAAUAGCAAUUAUAAAGUUUAAAUAAAGCUUGUUAAUUUGUAUAAUCAAUGUAUGAGUUUUAUGAAAAAUAUAAAUCUCCUGAUUAGGAAAUGGAAAUUGAAGAUGAUAAAUAUCCAGAUUUGCAAUUCAAAAUUAAAUAAAUUAGCAAUCCUUUUUCUAUCAUAUUUAAAAAUGAUCAAGAAUCAAUGAUUUAUGAUUUAGAAGCCAUCCUAAAUAAAUAGCAAUACAUACUCGAUAAAAGAAUCAAUAAUGUUUUUAAUUAAUAUUCAAACUUUUUAUGGUAAAAAUAAGUCAAAAUAUUAUUAUCGUUAUAUGAGUAAAAGUAAGAAAUAAGUAAUCAAUUAAUAGAAUCUGCAAUAACAAAGAAGUUUCAAUUAUAAGAUCAUAUAGAAUAAGCUAAAUUGGAUUAAUUCACUGAAUUGUUUAAUAAAUAAUUUGUUAUACUGAAUUAGAUAGUUGCACCAUUGUAAGAUUACAUAAAUAAAUAACCAAAAGAAAUCUCAUUAUCCGAUUGGUUUGAGGGUUAUAACUAAAUAACUUUAAAUGUCAAAGGUGGAAUUUGGGAUUAAGUGAAAAUUUAUAAUGUAUGGGUAACAAUCAUUAAGAAAUUUUAAGAAAUUGAAAACUCUGAAUUAUACACAUAUGAGAGUCUCAAGUUGAUAUAAGAAAUAAUUUAAAUGUCUCAUAUGCCCAAGUAUUCAGCAAUUAUUCAAAUAAUAAAUCAAAAAGUCAAUAAUUUUAACAAUUUAGUGGAUAAAUUUAAAGAAUAUGGAUAAAGAAAAUAAUUAUUUUUAGAAAAGAAGAAAUCGAUGUAAGAGUCAUCAUCAAAAUAAAAAUUACAUUUCUCUAUUUUAGAUGCUAUCGAUUUAGACUAAAAACUUAAAAAAAUAAAUAAUAUGGUGCAUGAUUUCUUUUCAAAAGAAUUUUGUACAGACUUAGAAUAUAUUAAACAAAUAUAAGAUGAUUUCAAUAAUUGUAAAAAUGAUGAUAUCUAAAUAUAUUCAUAGUUAUAUUAAAGAUUGACUUCGUCAUUUAUAUAGGACGAUUUGCUAUUAGAUCAAUUGAAAAUAAAGAUAUAUUAAUCGAAGAUCAAGGACAUUGUUAAGGGAAAAAAAACAGUUGAAUUAUAAAAGGCAAAAAAAUAAUAUACAAGUUUAAUGAAUUUAAUGGAAGAGGUUGACAAUGAAUUUGAAGAGUAUGCUUCAUAAUUCAACAAGAUCUUAGCAAUUGCAGAAAAUGUUCAAAAUAUUGUUGAUAAGUUAAAGAACGAAUAAGAUUACACAUUCGAAGAGUUGGAAUCAUGUUUAGAAGAUUUGGGAAAAAUAUCAAAUAUUGAGAUAAAUAAUAAAGAAGAUUUAUUAAUAAAGUACCAGGAAUGCUAAUAGGUGAAAAAGGAUAUAAAUCUAAUAAAAAAUUCAUCAGUCAAAAGCAAGGAGAUGGUGGUAUAGAAUCUUAUGGAAAAAUUGGAACAACUACCACUAUAAGAAGAAAAAUAAUUAGUAUAGGCAUGGUUAAAUUAGUAUGAGUAGUUGAAAGGAAAUUAUUCUACUAUUAAAUAGAUGUUAUAAAAAUAGAAGACAUCACAAAUUUGUAGAUAAUUGACUGAACUUAUGAAGAAGCUUUAGGUAUAAAAUGAGGAUUGCAUUAUCAUUCACCCUGAAACUGAGAAUUUAUUGAGAGACUACUAAGAAUUUAAUAAAAGAUUAGAAUAAAUAGAAAGUAAUCCAUUAUCAGAUCAAGCUUAAAGAGAAUUUAAUGAAUUAAAAACUAAUCUUAGAUGGGGAGAUUAAUAUGAAAGGGUAAGAAUGGUUAUUUGGAUUAAAUAAGUUAAUUAAUUUAAAAGUGGAUAAUCUGGAAAACAAGGUUUCUCUUCUUUUCAAAAUCUUGUACAUUAAGGAUAUGAGAUUCUAGAUUCAACAUUAUUAAAUAAUUAAAAAUUAUAGGUUGAGAAGUUAAAAGGAUAUAUCAUAUACCUAGAAUAAUUAAUGAAUAAAAUCAUUAAUGUCGUGACAAGUAGUACCAAUGGGAACUAAUUAAUAGAAGGAAAGAUAGAUAUUUCAUAAUUAUUGUUAGAACUUUAGCAUACUUCUAGCUACCAAAAAUAAGAAAAAUUAAAAGAUUUGUAACCAAAGAAACCAUUUGAUGAUAUUAAUCAAUAUCUAGAUAAAAUUUAGAUGAAAUAAAAGAAAAGGGUAAUUCCAUCCGCAGCAAAAGACAAGCCAGAAUAGUCUAUCAAAAAGGUUAAGAAGUCUAGUUAUGACAAUUAUUAUGAAAAGUUAAGAAUUGAAAAAAGACAUGAAUUAUUAACUGCUAUGAAAUAAGUCCCAAUUUUAAAAGAUAGAAAAGAUUUGAGUGAUAAAGUGAAAGAAAUUGAAAAUUAAUAGUUUGGAGAGUAUGUCAAAAAUAAAUCAAGUACUGCUAUGUAUUUAUAUUUAGAAUAUGAAGAAGUGAUGUAGUUAAUUAUAGAAACAUAUCGAGAGUUGUAAAAGUUUCCAAAUUAUUCUAAACAAUUAUUCUCUGCAUAAAUUAAUCUAGAAACUACCGCAAGGGCCAUGUAAAAAUAUUAAGAUGGUAAAUUAUAAAAAUGUGAAGAUAAAUAUAAAUAGGUUAGGUAAUUGGAUGUAAAUUCUUUAUCGUAAAUUAAGAACAAUAAUACAUUAUAGACAUAAAAGAUUAGACUUAAAUCUUAAACUCUAUCAACAAUAUAAAAACAACAGCCAUUGUAAUAGUAAAAUGUAAAAUUGGAUAAAUAGAAUCAGCAAUUAAACAAUUCAUGUUUACUGAUACAUAAAUUGCAAGAAUCAUAAUAUUAACAGCAAUAAUAGAAAUAAUAAAUAGUAUCAGUCUCAUCAAAUUAAAAAUAACAACCAAAACCUAAAGAAUAAAAUUAAGGAUAAUCCAGCAUCUCAUCCAGUUAAGAUUCAGUAUCUUAAGGAUCUUCAGAAUUUAAGUUAGUUCCAAAGAAUAAAGGAAUUCAAAAAGAAGAAGAGAAGGAUCUCAAAACAUUUUUAACCAAAAAAGAUGUAAAUUAAUAUGCUUAAUUUAAUCUAGAUUAAUCCAUAUAUUUAUGGAGACAAAUUAACAAAAAUAGGUCAAAAUGGCUCUAAAUUAGUUUUACCUGAUGGAUCCACUUUCACCAUUGAUUAUUUUAGUCAUCAAACAGAAUUAAGAUACAAUAAAUUCCCAAAAUUGAUUUAAGAUCUAAAGAUUUCCAAUUAUCAAGAAUAAGAAUAUAUUUUAAAAGAAAUAGAAACUAUAUCAAAAUAAAAUAGAUUAUAAGUUAUAUCAGGGUAAAUAGUACCAGAAAGAUUGCAAGAUUUAGAGGCUUUAAAUAGGGUAAGUGAAGACUUAUUGAAAGAUCACAGAAUAUUGGAGUAUAAGUUGGUUGAUACAAUCGUUUAUUUGAUGCAUCACGAAUAGAUGUUGAGAUCUGAUCUUUUUAGCAAUUUUAAAUUAGAAGAAAUUAUUUUGAAAUAGCAUCUAAUCAAAUAGGAUGAGAUUUUUAAAUAAUUCGACAAUUAUAUAUCAACUUUGGGUUUUGUAAUCACAUUAAAAUAAUAAUAAUAAGGAAUUUGCGUCAGUAAUUUUAGUGGAAUUUCUAUUGAAAUAAUAAAGAAUCUAUCAUAAGUACAUAAUUAAAAUAAACUAAAUUAGUCAUAUGAAUUUAGAAAAUGGAAGGAAAGCAGAAAAAAUCAAGAGAAAAUGUAAUAAAAAUUAAUUCAAGAAAAUUCAAAACUAUAAUAUGAACCAGUGACAUCAGAAGAAAAAUUUAAUGAAAAUAAUAAUUAAGUAUCAAUAUUAUCAAUUUCAUUUAGGGAAAUCCCAAAGGAUUAAAAUACCAAGAAUUAAAUCAUAAAGCCAUAGGUUGUCUUUAUAACAAUGGAAACUUUAACACUAAAUGA